AUGUUAACAGACAGUCAGACAACUAAAUGGUCAGAAGGACUAAGGUACAUACAGUUUAUGAAAAAUCGGGCAUUUCAUUCUGGAAUUAAACAAUCGCCUUAUAAGGCAAUGUUUGGUGCAGAACUCAAGGUUGGCCUCUCUACUACUUCAUUGCCUUCGGAACUGCUAAAGGACAUUGCAGACGAGGACGAUCUUCGAAAACUGUUUGAUGAACAUGAAAAUGAAGGUAGUGAUGGGUACGAAGAUAAGGAUGGAGACGAAGAUAGGAGUGGAGAUGAUGAUGACAUGGAUGGAACCUCACAAAAAAAUGCUGCGCAAAGCCUUGAAAAACAAGCUAAAAAGAUGAAAGCAACCUCUCAGAAGUCGCAUCUACCAGCGAAAGUUGGAGAUAACAUCGUCAUACCUACUCCUGAUGUAGACAGGGCUAAAGGAGAUCUUCGGAACGUUAUUGGAGUUGUGCUUAAAGCAUCUGAUGAUGGAUUUUAUAAGAUUGGGACUAAGCAUGGUCUCUUACAAAAAUUAUAUUGCAGAAAUGAAUUUGAUAUCUGCGCUCAAAAGUUUUUAUUGGAAGAAAAAGUGAUCGAAAACAUCGAACUUUUGUUAAGAACCGCAGCGAUCAAAAAUUCAGUUGGAACAGGCCAAGGCUUCUUUAAGUGUAGUUGCCAAGAAGUGUACGUCAAGUCGAUGCCUUUGCAAGAAAAAUAA